GGAAGACCUGGGAUAGUGCCUGCGCUUCUCGCUGCCAGCUUUGGGUGGCGCUACGUGGGGUCAGCUGGUGCCGGCCGCGGUCCUUGCUCGCUCGCUUGUUCCCCGGGAAGCCCCUGGUGUGCCGUCCCCGAGGCCAUGGGGCGGCAGUGGGGGCCAGCCAUGAGGGCGGCCGAGCAGGCGGGCUGCGUGGUGAGCGCCACCCGGGCUGGGCAGCCCGAGGCGGGCUCGUGGAGCUGCAGCGGGGUGAUCCUGAGCCGCCGCCUGGGCCUGGUGCUGUGCCACGGGGGCAUCUUCACCCCCUUCCUGAGGGCCGGCAGCGGGGCGCUGACCGCGGCCGGCGCCGUCUUCCUGCCCGGCGACAGUUGCGGCGACGACCUGCGCCUGCACGUGCAGUGGGGCCCAACGGCCGCGAGUCCGGCAGGCCGCGCGGAGAGGGGCCGCCCGGGGCUGUGCACGCCCCAGUGCGCCGGCCUGGAGCCCGGCCCGCCCGCCCGGUUCCGCGGACGGCCGCUGCAGCCCCCCCGGCCCGCCGAGCUGCUGCUGCUCUUGAGCUGCCCGGCCUUCCGGGGCCACUUCGCGCGCCUCUUCGGCGGCGAGGCGGCCAAGCAGUGGAGCUUCGCGAGCGCCGCACCGGACGACGAGGUGUCGGAGGAGGAGGAGGAAGACCAGCUGAGAGCGCUGGGCUGGUUCGCCCUGCUGCGCGUGCGGCCGGACCCGGAGAAGGAGGCGGAGGCGGAGGAGCGCGGGCCGGUAUUGGCCGUGGCGCCUCUCGGGGCUGUGCCCAAGGGUGAGCCGCUGGUGGCCUGCGGCUCCCCGUUCGGGGCCUUCUGCCCCGACAUCUUUCUCAACACGCUCAGCUGCGGCGUCCUCAGCAACUCGGCCGGCCCUCUGCUGCUCACCGACGCGCGCUGCCUGCCAGGCACCGAGGGUGGCGGCGUGUUCGAGGCGCGACCUGCAGGGGCGCUGGUGGCGCUGGUGGCGGCGCCCCUCUGCUGGAAGGCCCGCGAGUGGGUGGGCCUCACGCUGCUCUGCGCCGCCGCCCCUCUCCUCUGCGCCGCCCGAGCGGCCCUCUGCCGCCUGCACCCCGGCGCCGCCGCCCUGGCCGCCUUCCUACCACAUGAGAUGGGCUCCCCGUGGGGCCUGCCCCUCCGAGACCCCGGACCCCCCUGGGCAGCUGCGGCCGUGCUGGUGGAGUGCGGUUCCGUUUGGGGCUCCGGAGUGGCCGUGGCACCCCGCCUCGUGGUGACCUGUCGGCAUGUGGCCCCUCGGGAGGCGGCCAAGGUCCUGGUGCGCUCCACCACCCCCAAGAGCGCCGUAAUCUGGGGACAUGUGGUAUUUGCCACCCAGGAGACAUCUCCCUAUGAUAUAGCAGUGGUGAGCCUGGAGGAGGAUCUAGAUGGUGUCCCUGUACCUGUGCCCGCUGAGCAUUUCCAUGAAGGCGAGGCUGUCAGUGUGGUGGGCUUCGGUGUCUUUGGCCAGGCCUGCGGGCCCUCGGUGACCUCAGGCAUCCUGUCAGCUGUGGUGCAGGUGGAUGACACACCAGUGAUGCUUCAGACCACGUGUGCUGUGCAUGGUGGCUCCAGUGGGGGACCUCUCUUCUCCACCUGCUCCGGGGACCUCCUGGGCAUCAUCGCCAGCAACACCCGGGACAAUAACACGGGGGCCACCUACCCCCACCUGAACUUCAGCAUUCCCAUCACAGUGCUCCAGCCGGCCCUGCAGCGGUACAGCCAGGCAGGCGACCUGGGCGGCCUCCGCCAGCUGGACCGCGCCCCUGAGCCAGUGAGGGUGGUGUGGCGGCUGCAGCGACCCCUGGCAGAGGCCCCGCGGAGCAAGCUCUGAAGCUGUGGCACCCCUCUAGAGAGAAGAGCAACCAUCUGAUGCCGUGGGGAGCGCUGAGGCUGGUGGCCUGAGGACCCUGACACGGCACACCCCAGCCAGGCUGCAUCCCCAUCACCACCCACCUUGCUCAGCUCUGGAGUCUGGACCAAACUUCUCUUUAGCCCCCACGGAUCUCUUACCUGGCAGCCCGUUUUGGGGUGCUUUCUCGAGCCGCCACCUCUCUCUUCCCCCGACACUAGGCUCAGCUCUGUUCUUUCCCCUUCUGGGGAGCGCAGUACAACCGUACAACAGACAGACCUGGUCCUGACAGACAGAUGUUACUGGAAGGCAGGCCCAGCCACGGUUCCCUGUCUCCUGAGGGUCACUGGGCGCCUGCAGCGGCGGCUUCCUUGGGGCCUGGACUCCUCUCUGCUCUCGGUCAGAAUGGGGCUGACAGCACUGGGGCUUCCUCAGAAAACCUCAGCAGAGAGGCCCUGCUCUGAAGACCAGAGGCGGAAGGGAAAGAGCAUCUUCCUGUUCCGCUGGACCAGCGGUGGCGUCCCCGAAAGCCAGGACUCCCGGCUCUUCGUGUGUCGGGUGCCCUGACCUACAGGGGCACGCUGACACAGUGCCUUAAUUUUCCGGCCCGCAAAGUGGCUCUCAGGG